AUGAACCCACAGCCAGUGAUCCCAGGCCACAUAUGGAAACAGAACCCCACACCAGUGAAUCCCAAGGGCUCAACCAGAAUUCAGCCCCUGUCUGAGGCCCUGGGGGAUCUCUACAAGCAGUUCAACUCUCUAAAGGAUGAGCUGGGAAGGCUCAGCUCCAAGUUCGACAGGAUGGAGGGCUUCGUAGAUGACCUGCAGGCUGGGAAACUCCCCCGGCCCCCUGUGUGGACCCCUCCUCAACGCCCCGUACGGAGGGUUUCACCCCGGCCUCCGCUGAGGAUGCCACCGGGGGCAGAGAUGAGGGCACCGUUAAGAGGAGAGGUGAGGGCACCACCAAGGGCACAGAUAAGGGUACAGAUGAGGACUCCAAACCGGGAAAACGGCACGGGUUCAGGGUUCACGGGGACUAGAGGAAGGAGGAUCCCUAGGCCUUAGUCAAUGAUUGACAGGUGUACUGUACAAACAAUAAACAAUAAACUAACCUAGUGUU